AGGAAGUGGUUUCACUUGGCCAAUUCCUGGAGUGACAGUAGAGUCGAGUCAAGUUUUUGGCGCCGUUGCCGGGGACGGCUAGGUUGUUGAAGAAAAGUGAUUUCUGUUAAUUUGGCUUUUCUUUUUGCUUUGUUUGCUUUGUCCCACUUGUGCCUUCACGGGUUUGUCUGCUUGAGUGUGUGCAGGUAGUGCAUGACCCGUAGCCAGUUGGGAGGUUUACUGCCGUUGAAUCCAGAGAUUGACCGCACCUGUCGCCAGCUCAGGAGACAACAACGAGCUAGACUGGCUACGGAAGAGCGCAUAGACGGCCACGUGAGCAGUGAUUCUGAAGAAGAGCACAGGAUAGACGGAGAGUAUAAUCCGCACCAGGGGAAUCCACAGCAGGUUCCCCCGGCGAAUCAGGUCCUGGGGAACAACCCCAUGCCCCAGGAUCAUGGAGUUCAUCAUCCACCGCAGCCGGGCCCCACCUUGGAGUACUACUACACUCCUCGGAUUGCUGACAUCCGCCCGGUCAUCCUCUACCCACCGAUCCCAGCAAACAACUUUGAAUUUCAUUCUUAUUAGUUUUUCAAUAUGACAAAAAUGAAAAGGUCCUCUUAUUUAAAACCCUAAUUAUGAAAUCCCUUCUCUCCCACUUCACACCGCGGAACGCACCGUUCUUAUAGAGAGAGAGGCGCUUUUGCAUCUUCUUAACCCGAAAUGGCUGGGGAGAGGAAAGGUUAAUAUAUGCUACCACUUACAUAUUUUUUUUACUUUCACGCAAUCUAUUACCCAAGGUUGGAUAACUAUUUCCAAAUUUCAGAACCGAAUGAUUCAUACAACAAUCAACUAAUAUUACGAAUUAAAGUUAAAAUCUAAGG